CUUGAAGGCAGAGAGAAAGAGUAUAACCAAGGCCAUCAAGUAGCUAUGUCACUUGUUGUCAAGACUGUAUUCGCAGCGGUCUUUGCUGUGGCUGUCAUGGGCUACCUCCGCCUGAAGCCGGCCAACCACCUCGCACCUUUGUCGGACAUCUCACCAGAGUACCGUGGCUAUCCAUCUGGGGAAUGGCGACGGAACAAGGCUGGACUGUGGAUGUACUCGGAGACCUUUGAUGCCAAGGCUACUGGUUCUGAUGGCCAAUCUCCCCCUCGUGCUCAUCUUCUCUUCAUCCAUGGCUACGCCCAGCAUGCGGGCAUGUUUGCUGACCUCGUCGACGACCUCACAGCUGCUGGUAUCACCGUUACCGUCAUGGAUCUGCAGGGCCACGGCUGGUCCGAGGGCGACAGGAACUAUGUGCGUGACUUUAACGACCAUGUUCAGGACGUACUCGACCAGAUCACCCUCAUCAACCGUGCCAAGGCAGAGUCCACACCGUUGUUCAUCAUGGGCCACUCGAUGGGCGGCCUCAUCGCCGUCAACAUCGGCCUCCGCAAGCCCAAGGCGGUCAAGGGCAUGGUGCUCUCAGCUCCGGCCAUGGCCAUCGAUCCGGAGAUCAACACGACGACGACUCGGACCAUGGCACUGUUCUUCUCGACCCACCUCCCGCAUAUGCCCAUCGCCGGGCCCAAGAUCCAAGGUGCGUACUCAGACCCGGCUCGUGUUGCUGCCGCCAUUGCCGACAAGCGAUCAUGCCUCGGCCAGUGCUGGACUCCUGCCCGCACUGCCGCCGAGAUCCUGGGUAACAUUGACGACGUCCGCGCCGUCCUCCCGCGCCUCAAGGUCCCGUUCAUUGUCCUCCAGGGAACCAAGGAUGUCUUUGCCACCCCUAACGGCGCCGACUAUCUCUAUGCUCACGCCGGUUCCACUGACAAGACCAUCAAGGUCUACGAGGGCUUCCGCCACGAGCUCAUCCACGAGCCUGAUGGUGGCAAGGUUGUGACCGACAUCAUCAACUGGAUCACCGACCGCAGCUAAGAGCACAGUAGCCGACUAAAUCCAACCCCAACCCCA